AUGAAGGCCCUUGCCCUCGUUGCUGCUUCUUUUCUCCCCCUCGUCCUCGCAACCCCCCUCACCACCACCGCGAGAAUCAAUGGCACCUGCGCCCCCGCCUAUAGCCCCAUGACGUAUUCGUUGAUUGUCAGUGCGUGGUGCAUCUGCCUCGACGAGAGUGAAUGCAUCCGCCGCGAGGGCCACAUCUGGGACAAGACCGAUGAUUACUCGCCAUGCCCCGGCCUCCCAAGCAACUACAAGGGCUGCAGCUAUUUCACACAUUGCCCUGGCCGAGAUUGGAGCACCUCGUGCACCUUCACGGACCGCUGCGUCGGCAAUCUGACCAUCAUAGACGAUCCAAACAACAAGAUCUGCCCCGGAGGAGAUGACUUUCAGUGCUGUCAGUACCCUCAGGAACUCUUCACGAAUGAGACCGCGGCGGUGGAGUUCCCAUUUGCUGAGGAUUCUGAUUCUGCUGAUGACGAACCCCUCCAACUGAAUCUGCUCCCAGAGUGA